AGCAAAUAGUGAGAUCUAAGAAGGAUAAAUACUAUAUAAUCAGAUAAAAUUUCAUCUAUUUUUAGCUUAACAGUUAAGGUGGGAUUUUGGAUUGUGAGAGUGAUGCUUCAAUAUCAGUUGAAAAUCAUCCAUCCUCCUUGUCCUCAUUUUUUGUAGGCUCUAAGUUUUUCACCUGGGAAAUUACUUUCUAUGAAGGGAAUUCUAUAUUGUCACUCAGUGUACUAGUCGGAGGCCAUUUUAAAACACCAAAUCUUUGCAUGCAUAAUUUUCUGAAGAGCUUAUCCAGGCUAAGGAAUAUACUUGCUACUCAGAGCAUUUCCAAGCCUCUUUGACUUCUGUAUCUGUACACUAAGGUGCAUUAAUUUUAUUAAUGAUUUUUGAAUCACAAAAUUUUAUUUUGCUAGCCACCAUAGAAGUAUCUUAAAAUAAUUUUUAAAAUAAUAACUCUUGAGAUUUGGAUAGAUUCCUUACAUUUUCUGCUCCAAUGUACAUAUGUACUUAAUCUGAAGAUACAAAGAUGAUCCCACAUUGUUUUUACAACUGAGAUCAUUUCAUAGUAUUAGUAACAUCCUUUGUUGAAGGAUUUCUUCAAACUUAUUGUCUUUUAGACCCAUUCUUACAGGUUAAUCUGCAAAUAAGCAAAUGUCAAGGGCAGUAGCAAAAAUGGCCAUUUAAUACAAAGCUGGCAAACAUUUGGAGUUAUGUGUAGUUUCGAAUAUUUUUUACUUCAAAAGUCACAUGUAUUAUAUGCAUUAAAAUUAGUUCCACAAAUGGAAAUCAUAGAUAUGGGAGAGCUGUUUUCGGGGAAAUUUCACUAGUAAAUUCAUAAUCUUUAAAAUUCUGAGUGAUUGAAUUAAAUACUGAUCCCCUGCAUAAUAUAUUCAGCGGCGUAUUCUAAAUAUUACUUUUUAAAGGUGUGGUUUUUAGUUUUAAAUAUGAGCGGGUCCUAUAGGCAUGAUGACAUUUUCUGACGUAUACUUUCUUGGUCUUUUCCUCUGCUAAGACUUUGACUGAACUGUCCUAAGUAUUAAAGAGCACGGUGUCAAGAAAGGUAUUUUCAAGAUGAAUGUUUAUACAAGCAAAGUAUUUUUUUAGACAGGUGAAUUCUAAUUCUGAAGAACAAAAUUUCAAAAUACUGUUCACUUCUUAUUCCUCAUCUCUCUUCCCAUCCUUAAAAUACAAGUUAAAUCUUAAUUGGAAUCCUUUUCCCAUUGUGGAACCAAGCGCUGGUGUCAGACUUGAAGAGGAAGGCUUUACUUUGUUAGCUAUUUGUUUGAAACCCCAGCGCUCUCCCCAGAUCUUUGGGCUGAUAAUCGCAAACAUGGAGGAUGCUUCUGAUUCUUCACAAGGGGUUGCUCCAUUAAUUAAUAAUGUAGCUCUCCCAGGCUCUCCGCCGUCUCUUCCUGUAUCAGUGACAGGCUGUAAAAGUCAUCGAGUAGCCAAUAAAAAGGUAGAAGCGAGAAGUGAAAAGCUCCUCCCAACAGCUCUUCCUCCUUCUGAGCCGAAAGUAGAUCAGAAACUUCCCAGGAGCUCCGAGAGGCGGGGAAGUGGCGGUGGGACGCGAUACCCCGCGAGGAGCCAGGCCGUGGCAGCGGGAGAAGCGGCGGUCGGAGGCGCGGCGGGGCCGGCGAGAAGCGACCCCCCGGGGGGACAGAGCCUCCCCUCGCCGCCUUUGUAG